AUGGGCGGCGCCGCGGGCGAGGCGAUGUGGGCCGCUGCUGUGGCGGCGACGGUGCUCUUCUUGGCCGUCGAGGUUUCGGGUGCCGCGGGGGCGUUGCCGAGGUUUGCGGAGGCGCCGGAGUACCGGAACGGGGAAGGGUGUCCGGCUGCGGCGGCGGGGGUGUGCGACCCGGGCUUGGUGCACAUCGCCAUGACGCUGGACGCGCACUACCUGCGGGGCUCCAUGGCGGCGGUGUACUCGCUGCUCAAGCACGCGUCGUGCCCGGAGUCCAUCUUCUUCCACUUCCUGGCCGCGGAGGCGGCCGGGGCGGCAGCGGACGACGGGGAGGACCCGGAGCCGGAGCUGCUGCGGCGCGCGGUGGCGGCGUCGUUCCCGUCGCUGCGGUUCGAGAUCUACCCGUUCCGCGCCGAGGCCGUGGCCGGGCUCAUCUCGGCGUCCGUUCGCGCCGCGCUCGAGGCGCCGCUCAACUACGCGCGGAACCACCUGGCGGACCUGCUCCCGCGCUGCGUGCCGCGGACGAUAUACCUCGACUCCGACGUGCUCGCCGCCGACGACGUGCGGCGGCUCUGGGAGACGCGCCUCCCCGCCGCCGCCGUGGUGGCGGCGCCCGAGUACUGCCACGCCAACUUCUCCCGCUACUUCACGCCGGCGUUCUGGUCCGACCAGGAGCUCGGCCCCACGUCUUCGCGGGGCGCCGCCGGCCGCCCUGCUACUUUAACACCGGCGUCAUGGUCAUCGACCUCCGCCGCUGGCGCGCCGGCAAUUACCGCCAGCGCAUCGAGCGCUGGAUGGAAAUCCAGAAGGUGA